ACGCACAAAGCCGGAAGUUUGUGGUCACAUAUGAACGAGUCGGGUGUGUGACAGCUGGCGGGUGAGAGGAACGGGAAGCAGCCGCUGCUGGCAGAGGGUAUCAGUACGUAAUGGAGGACAUCUCGGGUCAGCCACCAGAACCUGAUCACUUUCUCAGAGUAUUCAAGAUGAAAAAGGACGGAAGACACAUAACUGAGAACAUCUUAGAUCUCACCCUGGAGAUCAUCUACCUGCUGACUGGGGAGACUUAUACAAUGGUGAAUAAAACAUCAAGUGAGUGUGUGACACCCAGAGGCCACCCCCGUGUAUUAGAUCUACAGACCAGGACUCAGAUCCCCAUCCCGGUGCCUCCAUCUCACUCACUGGUACAUGAGAAAUACAAUGAGCAGAAGAUCCUGGAACUCGCCAACAAGAUCAUUCAGCUGCUGACUGGAGAGGUUCCUAUAAGAUGUGAGGAUUUCACUGUCUAUUUCUCUAUGGAGGAGUGGGAGUAUAUAGAGCAACACAGGGGUCUGUACAAGGACGUGAUGAUGGAGAAUCACCGGCCACUCACAUCACUGGAUGGAGCCAGUAACAGGAAUACCCCAGAGAGGUGUCUCCGUCCUCUUUAUUCCCAGGAUCAUACAGAGGAGAGUCACAGUGUCCCACAGGAGGAUCAGGGUGAAGACCGGAUUAAUAUUAAAACAGAAGCUAUACAGGGAGAAGAGACGUAUGUGAUGAUAGAUCAGCAGUGUAAGGAGGAGGAAGAGGAGACGUAUGUGAGGAGUAAUCAGCUGUGUAAGGAGGAGGAAGAGGAGACGUAUGUGAGGAGUAAUCAGCUGUGUAAGGAGGAGGAAGAGGAGACGUAUGUGAGGAGUAAUCAGCUGUGUAAGGAGGAGGAAAUCCCUACAGAUAUCAGCACAGCAGAUGGAUGCAGAGGCAGGAAUACCUCAGAGGGACGUCUCCUUUUGUCAUCAGAUUAUAAAAUAGAAGAUAACAUCGUACAAGAUUCUCCAGGAGAAAACCCUGUUAGACAAAAUAUACAUCCAGUGUUGGACAGGGAAGAUACGUCAUCUGAUCCCUCUAAUCAUAAAGAUUGUUCUGCUGAUACGUUAGAUGAUAUUAUACAUAGAACAAGCCCUACAGGUGCUAAAAUGUUUCCCUGUUCUGAGUGCGGUAAAUGUUUCUUACAUCGUUCAGUCUUUGUUAUACAUCUGAGAACUCACACAGGUGAGAAACCAUUUGCAUGUACUGAAUGUGGGAAAUGUUUUGCACAGAAAUACACUCUCGUUACACAUCAGAGAAAUCACACGGGUGAGAAGGCAUUUUCCUGCUCUGAGUGUGGGAAAUGGUUUACACGGAAAUCAAAACUUGUUAUACAUCAGAGGAGUCACACAGGUGUGAAGCCAAUUUCAUGUUCCAACUGUGGCAAAUGUUUUACAGAUAAAUCAAAACUUGUUAUACAUCAGAGAUCUCAUACAGGUGAGAAGCCAUUUUCAUGUUCUGACUGUGGGAAAUGUUUUACAGAGAAAUCAAAACUUGUUAAACAUCAGAGAACUCACACAGGUGCAAAACCAUUUUCAUGUGCUACGUGUGGGAAACAUUUUACAGCGACAUCAUCUCUUGUAAGACAUCAGAGAAUCCACACAGGGGAGAGGCUGUUUCCAUGUUCUGAGUGUGGAAAAUGUUUUACCGUUAAAUCAAAUCUUGCUAAACAUCAGAGAAGUCACACAGGUGUGAAACCAUUUUCAUGCUCUGAGUGUGGGAAGUAUUUUACAGAGAAAUCUGUUCUUGUCAGACAUCAGAGAACUCACACAGGUGAGAAGCCAUUUUCAUGUUCUGAGUGUGGGAAAUGUUUUACAUAUAAAUCAGAUCUUGUCAGACAUCAGAAAACUCACAGUAUUAAUUCUGCCAGACGACUUGUCAGCACUGGCAUAAGUAAGCCGCUAGUGCGGAACAAGGAAAAAGCGGAACUGACAGAAGAUGCACAGUUUGCAGUUGAGUGGGAGGUCUGUACCAACGUGAGUGUGACUCUAAAGAAUGCAUGGCUUUGUCUGUCCAGACUCUGCAAAGAGGACAUCUUGGGUCAGCCCCCAGAAACAGAGCACUUUCUCAGAUUCGUCAAGAUGGAAAAUGACAGGAGACACAUAACUCAGAACAUCUUAGAUCUCACCCUGGAGAUCAUCUACCUGUUGACUGGGGAGACUUACACAUUGGUGAGUGAAACAUCUGGUGAGAGUGUGACACCCAAAGGCCACCCUCAUGUUUCAGAUGAACGGAGAAGGUUCCAAAGCAACAUCCCAGUGCCUCCACCUCACUCACUCGUACAUGAGAGACACAAUGACCAGAAGAUCCUGGAACUCACCAACAAGAUCAUUCAGCUGCUGACUGGAGAGGUUCCUAUAAGGUGUGAAGAUGCCACUGUCUAUUUCUCCAUGGAGGAGUGGGAGUAUAUAGAGGAACACAGGGGUCUGUACAAGGACGUGAUGAUGGAGAAUCACCGGCCCCUCACAUCACUGGAUGGAGCCGGUAACAGGAAUACCCCAGGGAGAUGUCCCCGUCCUCUGUAUUCCCAGGACCAUACAGAGGAGAAUCACACUGUCCUACAGGAGGGUCAGGGUGAAGACCGGAUUGAUAUUAAAAGAGAAGAUAUAUCUGGAGAAGAAGAGAUGUAUGUGAGGGUUGAUCAGCUGUGUAAUGAGGAGGAAAUCCCUACAGGUAUCAGCAUAGCAGAUGGAUGCAGAAGCAGGAAUACCUCAGAGGGACAUCUCCUUUUGUCUUCAGAUUUUAAAAUAGAAGAUAACAUCAUACAAGAUUCUCAAGGACAAAACCCUGUUACACUAAUUAUACCUCCAGUGUUGGCCACGGGAGAUACGGCAUCUGAUCCCUCUAAUCAUGAAGACUGUUCUGCUGAUACGUUAGAUGUUGUUACACAUAGAACAAGCCCUACAGGUGCUAAAAUGUUUCCCUGUUCUGAAUGUGGGAAAUGUUUCUUAUAUAAUUCAUUCUUUAUUAGUCAUCAGAGAACUCACACAGAUGAGAGACCAUUUCCAUGUUCUGAGUGUGGGAAAUGUUUUAAAGUGAAAUCAAAUUUUGUUAUACAUCAGAGAACUCACACAGGUGAAAAACCAUUUACAUGUUCUGACUGUGGGAAAUGUUUUACAGAGAAAUCCACUCUUGUUAGACAUCAGAGAACUCACACAGGUGAGAAGCCUUUUCCAUGUUCUCAGUGUGGGAAAUGUUUUACACAGAAAUCAGAUCUUGUAAAACAUCAAAGAACUCACACAGGUGAGAAGCCAUUUUCAUGUUCGGAGUGUGGGAAAUGUUUUAUACAAAAAACAAACCUGGUUAUGCAUCAGAGAAUUCACACAGGUGAGAAGCUGUAUUUAUGUUCUGAGUGUGGGAAAUCUUUUACAGAGAAAUCCAAUCUUGUUGCACAUCAGAGAACUCACACAGGUGAGAAGCCUUUUCCAUGUUCUGAGUGUGGGAAAUGUUUUAUAAAGAAAUCAGAUCUUGUCAGACAUCAGAAAACUCAUACAGGUGAGAAGCCGUUUUCAUGUUCUGAUUGUGGGAAAUGUUUUACACAAAAAACAAACCUUGUUAUACAUCAGAGAACUCACACAGGUGAGAAGCCAUGUCAAUGAUCUAUGUGUGGAAAAGUUUUACAAUGAAAUCACAUCUUGUUAGGCAUCAGAGGGCUCACACAGAAAUAAAAAAAACCCAAAACAUUACCAUGAGGUAAUAGACAAAAAAUGAGUCAGUUCAAUAAUCUAAAUAUUAUAAAAUA